GAUAACAGGAGGGGCAGGCUCCUCGCCCUGCCUGCCGGCUCCCUCCCGCCCGCGCCCCGAUCCUCAGCGAGAGACAUUUUAUUUAUUUAUUUAGAUCUCUUUUUCCUCCUCUGGCGUUGGCCCCAGGUGCCCCUGGCAGCGGCCGGCGGCCAUGGUCACUGUAAGCACGCAGCCGAGCGCUGGGAUGGAGGCUCCGUGUGCAGACACAUCUCCCUCGGAAGCAGCCAGCGUCAACGCUCCCAGCAGCAUCGGGGUGAGCGCGCUGUGCGCCAUCUGCGGGGACCGCGCCACGGGCAAGCACUAUGGAGCCUCCAGCUGCGACGGCUGCAAGGGCUUCUUCAGGAGGAGCGUCAGGAAGAACCACAUGUACUCCUGCAGGUUUAACAGGCAGUGUGUGGUAGACAAAGACAAGAGGAACCAGUGUCGCUACUGCAGGCUGAAGAAGUGCUUCCGAGCAGGGAUGAAGAAGGAAGCUGUGCAGAACGAACGCGACAGGAUCAGCACCCGCAGGUCGAGUUACGAAGACAGCAGCUUGCCCUCCAUCAAUGUCCUACUGCAGGCAGAAGUGCUGGCACAGCAGAUUUCAUCCCCAGUUCCUGUGAUCAGUGGAGACAUCCGAGGGAAGAAGAUUGCCAACAUCUCUGACGUUUGUGAAUCCAUGAAGCAGCAGCUGCUAGUGCUGGUGGAGUGGGCCAAGUACAUUCCUGCCUUCUGCGAGCUGCCCCUGGAUGACCAGGUAGCACUGCUGCGAGCACACGCAGGGGAGCAUCUGUUGCUGGGAGCUGCCAAAAGGUCCAUGGUGUUCAAGGAUGUCUUGCUGCUAGGAAACGACCACAUCAUCCCGCGGAGCUGCCCCGAGCUGGCGGAGGUGACACGCGUGGCCGUGCGCGUCCUGGACGAGCUGGUGCUGCCCUUCCAGGAGCUGCAGAUCGACGACAACGAGUACGCCUGCCUCAAGGCCAUCAUCUUCUUCGACCCCGAUGCCAAGGGCCUGAGCGACCCCUCCAAGAUCAAGCGGCUGCGGUACCAGGUGCAGGUGAGCCUGGAGGACUACAUCAACGACCGGCAGUACGACUGCCGCGGGCGCUUCGGCGAGCUGCUGCUGCUGCUGCCCGUGCUGCAGAGCAUCACCUGGCAGAUGAUCGAGCAGAUCCAGUUCGUCAAGCUCUUCGGCAUGGCCAAGAUUGACAACCUGCUGCAGGAGAUGCUGCUGGGGGGCUCAUCGAGCGAGACGCCGCACACUCACCACCCCCUGCACCCUCACCUGAUCCAGGAGAACCUGGGAACAAAUGUCAUCGUGGCCAAUACGAUGCCUCCUCAGCUGCACAACGGGCAGAUGUCUACUCCAGAAACUCCACAGCCAUCUCCACCUGCAGGCUCAGGACCAGAGCAAUACAAGCUGCUGCCCGGAGCCAUCGCUACCGUGGCCAAGCAGCCCAGCUCCAUCCCACAGCCUGCCAUCACCAAGCAGGAGGUCAUCUAGCACCCGCAGAGCAGCUGGCCUUGGUUAGAAGACCAUGUGGGAGAAGAGCCCAAACUGACUCUGUCACUGUGAAAGGAGAAGCCAUCCAGAGGCACCUGGAUGCAAACACUUGGGCUUGGUUAGUGGACUGCUCCAGCACCAUCAGCAGCUACCUUUUGCAGCUACAGACAGCAUGUGCCAUAGGCAGCCCCAGGCUCCAGAGCCAAGGCUGAAGCCUUCCUGAAACCCUUAGUCCUCAGGGCCAGAUUUCUGUCUCCAUCUGUGGGGAGGUGGCAGGGGCUGGCUGGGGACAACGCAGCUGCCUGUUCCCCAUUGCCACCUCUCAGCACUGUUGGGCACACACCAGACCCUGUGGCCUCUCUGUGGUGUGUGAGCAGAGGGCUUCCCUCCCACAGCCAUGCCAGCUCUGCAGCAGCCCCCAGUCCAGCCAAACUUGAUGGAGAUGGAAGCUCCCUCAGGAGCAUAACAGCAGGUGAAGAACAUGGGUUUUGCCAGGCACCGCUGGCAGAACUGCUCCUCGCCCUUGGCUAAUCCCAGGUCCUUGCAUGGUGUCCCCUCCGCACACUGACCCUCCUAGGCAGGUCUUACAACCCUCUACAGCUGAUCCAGGGGCAAAGUCUGCCCCCCCAGCAUUCUCCACUCUGGUUUUGUUAUUUCUGUGCCAUGACCACCCCUCCCACCACACAGCUCAGAGAGACAGCCACUGCCAAAUCCCCCCCUUGCACCACUUAUGCCUUCUUGCUUGGCCUGGGAGGCUGGAGGACCACGGGACUUGGGAGACUGCAGCUGAUGGCAUCAGCUCACCCUGCACAGGCUGGGAGCAGGCAGCACUACCUAACGUGUCUCAGCAGCCAGAAGAGCACUGGAUGCCUGUUUGGAAAGAAGCAGAGGGAGGGACAUAUGGAGAGGAGAGAGCCGUGAGGGUGGGAAGAGCCCAGGCCUCGCAGACUGGGCCAAGGUGGAGUCCUGGGAGCGUCGUGUGCCAGGCUCUUAGCUGAACCAGACCCUGUAGUCUGCUUGUCCAGCCCGGUGCCACUGCUGCAGCAUGGAGAGAGUGGCUGAGAGCAGAUGGGAAAGCCUUCAUAACAGGAUAAGAAUUGCUUUGGCUCUUCAGCCCUUGGAGGGUGUGAGGUCAGCAGCCCCAGCCCCACUGCCUUGAUGCCUGCAGAGAAUGCAGAGGCCAGGCAAAGGCCCUGCCUCACCCACGUCCUUUGGGCCUGCACCCCCCCGCCCCGCUCCCUGCCUGCCACAGCUCCUGUUUCUCCGUGCCUGCCUGUGCCCCAGCCUCACAGCUCUGCCCCUUGCUGCCCAGUAGAGCACAGCCCUGCAGCAGCCAGGCUGGGCAGCACAGGGCCAGGGCAGCCCUAAGCAACUGCAGGCUCUGUAGGGUGCUGGCCCCUGGGGAGAUGAAGCUGGGGGAACCUCGGCUGCUGAGAGCUCCCCGGUGGGCAGCAGUGAGCCAGCCCAGCCAGGGCAGCUGCAGGGCUGUGCCUCGACUCCCAGUGCAGAAUCAAGCCCUUGCCUCCUGCCCACAAGUGUUGUGCUGCCCUCAGCUGUGGUGGCAUCCUACCAAGUAAUUUAUUGCAAUGAUGAAGCCAAUCAUUUUCUGUAAAUUAGUUUGUAAAUCACAUUGAUUAUUUAUAACUGGGAGAUUAAAUGCAACCCCCCCCUAGUAACCAGGCUGUCUCCUCCAACCGCAGCAACCUUUUCUCCUCUACCUAGAGACUCUCUGCAGGGAAGCCUCCUCUGAUCUGUUUGCACCAAGCAUUCCUCCAUACUGUACAUUAAUUUUUGCUGGUUACUGCCUUCCAACGGGAACAGAGGAAUAUUUCUUCACUGCAGUUUGUAUUCAUGGAGAAAAAACAAACAGAAGAAAAAAAGAAAGACAAAUAAAUGCCAAAGUGUUUUCUAA